GACGUCACAUCUGACGAGUUGAAUAAAUGUUGUUUACGGCAUCACAGGGUAACAGUUCAAAGUAGUUUGUUCUUUAUUAACAUGGUACUUUCCAGAUUUCCAUUGCCACAAACUUUGGUCGUUAUGAAGUAUUGUACGGACGAGCUCGCUAGCCAGUAGCCUGGCUCUGUGGUUGAGGUUGAGGCUAGGUAGCUAGUUAGCGACUAGCUCCGCCGUGAUGCGUUUUGAGGUUCCGCCCUGAUGCGUUUAGAGGUCUCAGGUCAGGUGGAGUGUUUUUGACAUCUAACUGAGGGCGAACGCUGAGAUGGAAGGCUGCGAUGAGGAGGACUCGUUGGAAGUGCCUGAGUUGCCUUUGGAGUCUCCUCACGUAUACAACAAAAACAAAGGAAUUGACCUUGCCGUUCCAAUACUUUUGAUUGUAGUCUACAUUCUGAGCUUCCUCCAGACUUCAGACAGAAAGGAAGCGUCACUCGUCUGCCGCAGCUGGUACAUUGCAAGCCAGGAUUUGUGUUUUCAGAAAAAUGCCAUAUUUUGCUUUCCGGCUUCAGCCUCAUCCCUGGAGCUGGUCAGGAGUCUGGGGCGAAGGUCUCGCUGCAGCCUGAUCAUCAGCCAGCUUGAUGGAUUCAGCUUGUCCAGAUCUCUGCUGCUGGAGGUGGGUCUAUGUGUUGGCUCCAAGCUGGACAGUUUAGCCCUGCCCGGCAGCAGUGUCACAGAGGCCUCGCUGCUCGCUCUCCUCCCUCGCCUCACGUCCCUCCGCAGGCUCGACUUAAGAGGUCUGGACAGCCUCUUCAUGUCUGGAGCGUUCCUCUCCAGGAAGGAACACAGACAGCAGGUCAAGUCCGCCUUGUCUAGCCUCGAAGAACUGGACCUGUCCGACCUGCGCUACCUCUCUGACCUCACCUUCAACCGCCUCACCAGCUGCACACCUCGCCUGCGUCGCCUCUCGCUGGCUGGCUGCCACAUCGCUUUUGAAUUUGACCCCUACCGCGGAUGCCCCGUGGGGACUGUCGAGGUUUCCUCGGCGCUGCUCUCACUGAGGAACCUGCGGAAGUUGCUAACGGAGCAAAGCGCUACCCUCGUCGCUUUGGACCUCAGCAGAACCGCCAUCGCCCCCGAGUCCCUUCGCCGUAUCGCCCAGGUUGAAGGCGUGUCCUUGGAGGAGCUUUGUCUGCAAAGCUGCAAGGAGCUGACGGACUACUCGGUGGAAGUUCUGGUGAAGCACCAACCUGGCCUCCGGAAGCUGGACAUCGGCGGCUGCACCGAGCUGACCGGCAGGGCCGUGGUGGCCGUGGCGCGAAGCCUGAGCUCGCUUACGCACCUCUCUUUGUCACGCGACUGGAGGGUCACCGAAACAGGCCUCGCCGACCUGGUGUCAGUCGCAUCCCUGAGGGGUCUGGAUCUAUCGGAGUGUCUUCACGUCGGCGGGGCAGAGAUGGUGAAAGGUUUGUCGCAAUGCCUUGCUGAGCGAGCGCAGCUGGAGAAGCUCAACCUCAGGAGCUGCACUUACAUGCGGGAUGAGGCCGUUUUCUCCCUCACGCAGCUUCUCGGCACCGCUCUACGUGAACUGGACCUGACCUCGUGCGUUAACGUGACGGACCUGUCGGUGCGUGCCAUCGCCACCUACCUGCGGGGCCUGGUGGUCCUGCGGCUGGGCUGGUGUAAAGAGGUGACGGACUGGGGCCUGCUGGGCAUGGUGGAGACGAGCACGUGCGAGCUGGACGAGGAGAAGGAGGACAAGGGCCCCAGGUUCACGCGCACCUUCGGGAACAUGGGCUUCUUCAAGCCCCCGCGUCUGCCCUUCGAGGAGCGUCCCAAGCUGGUGACGCCGGAUGACCUGGAGCAGUUCAAACGGCAAGCGGGAGUGUCGCUGUUGGCCCUCGUGAGGCUGCGAGAGCUCAACUUGUCGUCCUGCUACAAGCUCACGGACGGCAGCAUCACGCAGGUGGUGCGCUUCACAGACCUCCGACAUCUCUCGCUGUCCUCGCUGCCCGGCAUCACCGACGCCAGCUUGUCAGCGGUAGCCCGGCACUGCCGUGCCCUCACCGGCCUGGAGCUCAGCCACUGCGCGCGCAUAAGCGACCGGGGCGUGGCGCAGGCGGCACCGCACCUGCACCGGCUGCAGCAUCUCUACCUCUCUGGUUGCAAUAGCAUCACGGAUAAAUCUUUGUUCCUGCUGGCUCAGCACUGCAAGCGACUCAAAACACUCGACGUGUCCAAGUGCGACAAUAUUUCAGGAAGCGCCAUGGAACACCUUCAAUCGCAGCUUCCCUUUUUGGAAAAGGUCCACUACAAACUACCUGGUGGGACUGACUUUACAACUCUGAUUUAAUGUUCUAGAUGACUUUUUUUUACUGACCCAACAGUGAUAUGAAGAGUUGAUUGAGGUUCGUGACAUUGUCCGCAACUGAACAGAUAAACAGAUCAUCAAUGAACAGUCGAGAGGGCUUCCAGCGUACAGGUUAAAGGUUAUAAUGAAAUCAAUUAGUUCAUAUACCUGUGUAUCGUUGUUUUAAUUACAAUUUCCUGUGCUGAAUGCCUGAUAAAGGCUGAUUUGUUAACUCAUUCACUGCCGGUCCUCCAUGUUAACAUGGUUAAUUGAAUUCAACAGCCGUCAAUGGCAGUGUUCAAAUGUUUUGGGACACCCCGUAUGCAUCUAAUGACAUAUUUCCAACGAUGCGUACUAAUGAGGUGGCGAAGUUGGCACAGCCCGAACAUUUCAAGGUGCCACUUGUGUACUGCUUUCCUUUAAAAUAAAGUCUCUCUUUUUUUUUUUUUUUUUUGGUCACAUGAAGCCAAAAAUCAUAAAGUGCACCCAUCUAAUAAAGACAGCUGGAAACUAGAAUUUAGACAUUUCAUUGUAUUUAUUUAUAUACUUAAGAGAUCUUUGCAAAGUACAAACACAGAUGAGUCCAAAGGUAAUGUCAGCAUCUUCGCUAGGACAAUGUUGGCGUUCGACAUUGAAGUUCAUCACUUUUGUUGGCCGACGCGGUGGUUUAAAACUGCAAUGCACCAGAACUGUGACUGUAAUCUCAUAAAAUGUUUUUAUAAAUAAAGCAAUGGCACAAAAUAA